GGCGGUUUAACCUCCGUUCGCUCCCGACAGAAUCCCUUGUAUUCGUCCUCAAAAGUUUGAUAUCGGUUUCCACUGUGUGGACUUAGUGUUUUUAGUGUUCAGUGCAUGUUUUAAAGUGACAAUCGUCGUCGGCCCCGUCGUUUUUCCCUGUUCACGCCGGUAUGGAGGCCGGAUGGGCCCGGAUGGUCCGCGGUGGAAAGCCGAUUUUUUUGGUAUCGGUCAGAAUCGUUUUUUGCUAGCUGAGCAAAUUAUUGGUUAUUCUUCUUCUUUGUACGUGGUGGUCAUUGACCAGAAGCGAAAAUCCUCGACGGAAGUCGGCAAUGGGCGAAUGAUCCUAGCAGUCGAGCCCAACAUUUUUUUGUGUUGUGUUUGUUUUGAAUUAUUACUUUCACUUUUCUUAAGUUGGCCGAAUGUCCUAUUGUAUUAUUGGUCAUUAGACGUAAAAUCAAUCCAACCUUUUCAUUUUCUGUGAUAUGGCGGACUGCUGGAAAGUUUAAAUUUUGCUGAUCGUUUCAUUUAACGUAGACCACAAAAUGAGGAUAGCUAAUUGGAUUGUGCUUAUAACAGUUUUUCUUUUAACAAAAUCGACUUCGUGUGCUUUUAGGAAAGAUAGUAACAAAUUGCAUUUCUUAGAACAAGACGAGGUGUACAGGUACGAGCCGAUAUACAAGACCAAAGACCUGCAUAUUUUUUGCUACCAGGGAAAACCAAAGUACAUAGUUCAUAUUUGGCAAAGCGUAGUUCUAUUUAUAAAACAUUCGUCGGAUGAUUAUAAUCAAUAUGAUGGUAACUCUCCGGAGGAAGUGGAAAAUGAAUGGCUGGAUAAAAGAUAUAGCUGGUCUGUCGCUGGACUCUGGUCCUCAAAGUCCAAAGCUAUCAAAUUGAAUCCUUUUAACACCAGCUGUAUCGGUAUUGAGAGUAAAGAGUCAUAUUCCGUCCACUUGAAAGUGAUAAGAAUAGACUUGUGGAAGGUGUUAAGUAUGGUUUUCGGUGUGCUGUUAUUUCUUGCUGCGAACAAUUUAAGCAAAAACACACUGUUUCAUUAUGUCUGCGGUAUCACAUUUGGUAUUUGCGCUUCAUUUUUGCUUCUGAUAUACUUCAUUAGCAAGUUGUUCCCCCGGAAACCUUUGAUGUACGGGGUCAUUGGGUGUGGAUGGACCAUUGUGAUAUAUUUUUUGCAAAUUCUCUGGGAUAAUUUAAAAGUUGUAAUGACCACCUACAAAAUGUACGUUCUGUGGUACAUUUUAGUUACGGGAUCUGUAAGUUUCAUCUUGUGCUACCGCUGGGGUCCCGUAGAAAACAAACGAACCGUGAACUUGAUAAAGUGGAGCCUGCAGUUGUCAGGCCUCGUAGCCAUAUUUCUUAGCAGCCAUUUCCAGGAAGCCGCUAUGGCCCAGAUUGUCAUUUUACUACUGGCGACCAUCACGCCCAAAAAGUGGGUUUCGGCGCCAAAAAAGUAUUGGAAACGAAGGUUCCCGCCGAAAAUCAAAUUGCUCACCAACGACCAGUAUUACGAGCAGGGGGCGAGAGAAACGGCCAAAGCGCUUACGGAAUUGCGACAGUACUGUUCCAGUCCCGAAUGUAACCAGUGGAAGACCGCUUUGAAAAUAAAAGACGUAAAACGUUUCGCUUCCUUUGUUGAAGGUAACUCGCAUUUGUCGGACGACGAAAUUUUAGAGUAUGAAACCUCAGUCAGAGGCGAGCUGACCGAUGAGGAAGAAGAGAACAGCGAGUUGUCCGACGACGAGUGAUUUUAGGUUAGGAACACGAUCUUCACGUUUCAUUGUACAUUUUUCAUUAAUAAAUUAUUUUUUUAAAAGACAUUUAACAAUACACAACGAUAAUACUAA